AGGAUGCUGCAGCCAAAUGCACUGCGGUAAAAAAAAUAAUAACGCCAGACAGGGAGCCAGAAGUCUGUAUUAUUCGCAAUGCAAUCCUGGGAGAAGCAUCUCUUCUAGGCCUACAAGUCCAGGGUCAUUUGAUGGGUGGAAUAAUUUUUGCCACUCAAAAGGAUCAACAAUAAUAAUAAUAAUAAUCCAUCAGAAGGAAAAAAUAGCCUAAAUUUUCCCCCGGAGAAAGGACAAAUCGGCAUAAGGAGGGAAUUUUGUUCAGAAAGGACAACGUGAGGACAGUAAAAUGUGAGACAACGCAAAUGAUAAUUAUUUAAACCAAAUAGCGCAAUAGCACAUUUACAGUGUUCCUAAAAAAUAAAAUAUAAUCGGUAUGUUGCUUAUGUAGCCUAGGCCUUCUUUCUUCUGGCAUGCAAUUCAUUAUUAAUUUAGCCUAUGCAGUGGCUUGCGAUUUUACAGUAGCCUAUUUAAACCAAAGGCCUAAAAUGUCGACAGAUUAUUCAAAUAAGCGUCAUAUAUAACCGUGUCAAUGUCAUUUAGAACUAGGCCUAUUAUUCGAAUAGAAUAUCAGACUACAGUUGAUAUAAAUAGCCUGUAAAGAUAAUAAUAGAUUAGAGUAUUUGAUAUUAAGACUUCAGGGAACUGACAAUCCCAGGCCAGGGUGUAGAUUUGUAAACACUGUGUGAACAAAGAUCUGGAACAGUAGAAAAAACGGACCAUAGUCAUAGUUAUAGUUUAGGAAUGUGUACGCUCUUUUGUAACAGCAGUAAUCAGAUCAAUGUUGCAUUAAACAUUGUAACCUAUGUUUAACUUGUUGAUUCAAGCCAAAGAAGUGAAGCACUUUUAUUUGCUAGAUUUAAAUGUUUAAAAAAAGUGUAUAUUGGCUGCAGUCAUCUUUUUUAAGGGAGGCUUUUAAAUAGGCCUAAUGUAUAUUAUAUUAGAUUAGCACUCUUAGCCUGUAUUGUGUAUUCUGUUUGUUCUCUAGAAAGUCUCUCCUUGGCUUAUUGGCCUUAUAUUUGCACUUUAUUGAAUUGAAAUCAUCAAGCGCCAGCGUUUUCCUAAAACACAUUAAUUGUAAACAAAUAUUAAUGGUAAAACUUGCAUGUAUCCUGCAUGAAAAAGCAUAUGAAAACAGUAGCCUAUGUAACAAUGUCAAUUCAUUAAUGCAAUAGUCUUUGAUAAGAAGAUUGUUUCCAUUUAAAGAGAAGUGCAUGGCACAACGAGCAUGGCACAACGAGCAUGGCGCCUGCAACACCAAGAUUGUGGGUUCUAUUCCUGGGACCACCCGUGAGUAAAAUGUCAUUUCGGAGGAAGCAACUUCAGUCCCUACCAUUUCUUACUUUGCUCAAACAAAGUCUUUCUGGAUAACAUCUCAAAGGAAUAUCUUACUGUCAAGUGUUCAAAGAGACUGUUGGGAUAUUUUUUGAUACCUUUUGAGGCUUCUCAGCCCUAGGAUCUGUACUAUCGUUGCUACAUUAUACUUGAGGACAUGUCUGCUGUGCGGCUGCUGCUCCUGUCUCUGCUUUGUGCCCUCUUUGUGUCCCUGUGCCAUGGGGCCUGUUCAGAGGUGGACUCGGACACUGAGGCCGUUGCAGGCAAAGGGUUCAAACUGGGAUGCAUCUCCUGUAAGAUGAGGCCCGAGGUGGAGGCUUCUGCCACAGUCGACUGGUAUUUCAAGGCCAAAGGGGAAGCUGAUUAUGCACAUAUAUAUAAUUACGAUGAGGAGGGCCAGCACGUUGUGGAUGAGCGCUUCGAGGAUCGUGUGGACUGGAACGGCAGUAAGAGGAGCCAAGACAUACAGGAUGCGUCCAUCUACCUCUUCAAUGUCACCUUCAAUGACUCGGGCACCUACCGUUGCUUCUUCCACCGGCUCCUGACGUACGAGUUCUACGAAUACCAGACCGUUGUCAGCAAGGUUGUGCACCUGACAGUGGUGGCUAAAGCCACCAGAGGGACAGCCUCCAUAGUCUCUGAGGUGAUGAUGUACGUGUCCAUCAUCGGGCUACAGGCUUGGCUCUACAUAGAGAUGGUAUACUGCUUCAGAAAGAUCUCAGCUGCAGGAGAGGAAGCAUUACGAGAAAGCGCGAAUGCAGAAUAUUUAGCUAUAGCCUCGGAGAGUAAAGAUAACUGUGCAGGAGUGCAAGUGGCAGAAUAAAACAGCUAUAUCAUGAAAAAAAAAUGUUAUCAGCAAGUAAAAGGAUAAGUAAACUCAAAGCAUAAACAAUGUAAAUGCAGUACAGCACAUAGUAGCCUACAAAAUUCAAGUAUCGGAGUGAUAUUUGCAAUGGGCACAGCCAAACAAUGUAUGUGAUGGAUUCGACUUCCACUUUAUAUCCCUACUGCAGCGUGCUGGUGGCAAACUUUCCAGAGUAAAUUAUUUGAAAGAGUCAAUUUAUAGAGUAUAAAAGUCAAGUAAACAGUUUUAAGUAAGUGUAAGUGUAUAAGUAUAAUUUUAUUUUAUUUAAUUCACGUUCGCUAAUGUUAGCUAGACCUUCUAGUAGGCUGGUUCUGUUGUGGUAGAGUUAACUAAGGCCUGGGCCAUCCACCAAGCCAAUAACUCUAAUGUUGACUACAAUGAUAAACUAUUGGCUACAUAACUGUAAAACAUUGGUGAGCUUCCAUCCUAGAGGAAAGUUGAUCGUUCUACAGUCCUACACCUGUCAAUCAACUGAUCAAAGCAUCCUACUGCAGGCUGCCUAUUAAUAAGGUGGUAACACAAGACCAUUCAUGAGGUCUCUAACUCACAGAUAGGCUACUGGUUCAGUGACCAUUCAGUGCUUUCAGGUGCUUAUUGUCAACUAAAAAUAAUAGGCUACUUCAAUGUACAUGUAGGCCUAGUGAAAAAUGAUAUAGUAACUUGUAUUUCAAUGUAGCAAUUCAACAACAAAUGCCAUUUAGCCUGCACAUAUUGUACUGCAUGUCAUUGCCUUUUUGCUCAAGUGGUUUGCAAGUGAUUUCCAUUUUUCUAAUGGUUGUCAAUUCCUUUGGGUGUUCUUUUUCACUGUGCUCAUCUCUGUAUGUUCUGUGCAACAAUGUUAUCAUAACUGGCCUAAAGUGAUCACACCAAUGCACUUUCCCUCAACUUUCCUCGACAUGCAUUUUCUAUGCUGUUGUAGGCCUGUUUUACAUUCAGCAAUUAGCAGGAGCUAGCCUGCUUCUUUCCCCAAAUAGGCUAUUAGGGCUAAUAUAAAAAAAUCAUCAAAAUAAAUGUCUAUAGCUUUUGUAGACUAUAACUUUCGCUGGGAUUUCACACGAGGAGGAAUGGCCUAUUUCGGAGAGGCUUGCGGCAUAUAGCCUGUUGCGCACGGGAAUAACUGGAAGAGAGGCUAUUGAUGUUGAGCCGGAAUAAGAAGCUAAAUAUUAGAAAGAUAUUAGGCCAUUCACUAGCUAAAUAUUAAACUAUAGGCUAAAUAGUUACCUGUCAAAGUGCGAGAAAAAUAAAUGAACAGAUUAUGAUAUGGCAGAUCUGUAGUGGGUUCCUGCAGGCUGCGCUCCGUUGUCCCCAGGCACGCAAAGCUCCAUUAUUGAUUAGUCCUAGGCCUACAUUUUUAAGCCAAGAAAAUAAUUAUACCUGGCCUACAACAACACAGUGCAAUGAGGAAUGAAUUAUUGUUAUCCAGUGAAUACGCAAUUAUUGUCCUUAGGCUGUAAACUGCAGUGAUAUAGGCUAAUUUAAAUAACCGCUCACACGUGCUGAAAUAACUGCAUAGCUCAACAGCGUAGGCCUGAUCAUACAACCAUUUGGGUCUAUCCUCAGUGUAGAAGGUCCAGAAAGAUACAUUAGCAGGCCACUCAUAUGGUGUAGGCCUAUUUUGUCAGGAUGUAGCCCAGUGUUAUUAAGAUAGGCAUACUAUUAGAAAAUAUGGACUUCUCUUUUCCAACUCCCCGCCCGUUAAUGCUGUAGCAUAUUUUACAUUCAGCAAGCAAGAGCAAGCAUGCAUCUCUCCUCCAAUAGGUUAUUAGUAGGCUAAUGAAAAUAAGUUGAAACAAGUGUCCAACAAGCUUUUGGCUUUUACUGGGACUCCACAAAAUGUAAAAGAAAUAGCCGUGACAACGGAGAGGCCAGAUGCAUAAUUUCACAACAGAACAAUGAAGACAGACAGGCUGGACAUGUAAAAUAUAGCCUAUGUUGGAAGCGAAUGCAUAUUCGACCAUAAUUCAUAAGCCCAAUAUUAGGCCUAAUACUGCAGUGCAUAUAUCCAGUCAAAGGGGAAAAAAAGUGUAUCAUUAAAAUAAAGCAUAGGUAGUUUACAUUAUGUGCGCGCUCCCUCCCAGUCCCCAGGUACGAUGCUCAAAAAGAUACCCUAUUGUUUCAGUUUUUUAGGGACAAGCAAUGUAUCCAACAUAGGCUACAACAACACAAUGUAAUGAAGAAUGUUACUGUUCUCAAGUGAGUACAAACUCUAGUCUAGGCUGUAAACGGCAGUGAACAGCCUGUCAUUUGAAUAACCACUCAAAACCUGGCAUUUAGAAUGCAUAUUCAUUUUGAAAAAAGUGCAUCUAGGUUGCCUGAUUGGGUAACCAUUUGGAUCAGUUAUGUUUUUUACCAAGGCAGUUUAGCCUACAAAGUCCAGGCACAUUAGCAGGACAGUAAUAUGGUGUAUUUUGUCAUUAUGUAUCAGCUAACAGAAACCUACUAUUAAAUGCAGGGAUUUCUAGUGGUGCACAUAUGAAUUAUGAUAAUGCAUGAGCAUGGAGGAAGUUGUAUCCAUAAUUUCUGCAUUUGGCUUCUGUGUUUUAAAAGUGUUCGAAAAUGAGGUGGAUAUCAGUCAACUAACACACACCACUUUUGUGAGAAAAAUAUACUUUACAUUUUUUAUUUAUUUUUUUAUUAUGGUUUUUCAGGGGUGCUGCACCCCUACUUCCCGCAGCUAUGCCUGCACCGCUGUAUGCAUUACACACAAAAGCAUGUUUCCAAUUCAACUAAUUAAUCAUUGUGUAUCCUGCAUCAAGGUAUUUUUUUCGGUUGUAAUGAUCGGUCUCUAAAGUGUAUGUACAUUUAUAUUAAGAGGUAUUGUGAGAUAAUUAAUCUGAUUGAAUGGCUAUCAAGAUAAAGUUAUCACAUACUGCA